CUCUCUCUCUCUCUCUCUCUCUCUCUACCACACCUCUCCAUCGAGAGAAAAGAAUCUCUCUCUUGAACACGGUAAAACACUACCCAUCAUCAUCAUCAUCAUCCUCUGCAAGAACUCAAAAUCAAGAAGAGGAAAAAAAAAAGAAAAAAGAAAAAAUAGAAGUCUGUUAUCUCUCUCUUCUGGCUUCUUGAAACCUUUGCAUCUGCAAUUCUCUUUGUUCUUCUUGUUUUUAUUUGUUUAUUUUUUCCUUUCUCAUACAGCAACAACCCUAAUAAAGAAAGAAAAACACCAGAGAAAAAUUAUAUUUACUUUAACCAUGACCCUUGAAGACUCUUUAAGAUCUCUCUCUCUAGACUACCUCAAUCUGCUCAUCAAUGGCCAAGCCUUCUCUGAUGUAACUUUCAGUGUAGAGGGUCGCUUAGUCCAUGCUCACAGGUGUAUUUUAGCAGCAAGAAGCCUCUUCUUUAGGAAAUUCUUUUGUGGACCCGACCCACCAUCGUGGCUAGACCCAUCUGGAUCAAGGAUAAACCCGGUGGGAUCACCGGGUUCAAGGCCAAAUGUUAUACCAGUGAACUCAGUGGGAUAUGAGGUGUUCUUGUUGCUGUUACAAUUCUUGUAUAGUGGACAAGUCUCUGUUGUGCCUCAAAAGCAUGAGCCAAGGCCUAAUUGUGGUGAGAGAGGGUGUUGGCACACGCAUUGCACCUCAGCCGUUGAUCUUGCUCUCGACACUCUUGCUGCCGCUAGAUACUUUGGAGUUGAACAGCUUGCAUUGCUCACUCAGAAGCAAUUGGCUACCAUGGUAGAGAAGGCUUCAAUUGAAGACGUUAUGAAAGUCCUAAUUGCUUCAAGAAAGCAAGACAUGCACCAACUUUGGACUACUUGCUCCCAUCUUGUGGCCAAAUCAGGCCUACCACCUGAAGUUUUAGCGAAACACCUUCCCAUAGAUGUUGUGGCCAAAAUUGAAGAGCUACGCCUCAAAUCUUCCCUUGCUCGCAGAUCACUAAUGCCUCACCAUCACCACCACCACCACGAUCUUACAGCUGAUCUUGAGGACCAAAAGAUUCGAAGAAUGAGAAGGGCAUUAGACUCUUCUGAUGUGGAACUAGUGAAGCUUAUGGUAAUGGGUGAAGGCCUAAAUCUUGAUGAAGCAUUGGCUCUACAUUAUGCAGUUGAAAAUUGUAGCAGAGAAGUGGUUAAGGCUUUGCUUGAAUUGGGUGCAGCCGAUGUUAACUAUCCAGCCGGACCAGCGGGAAAAACCCCACUUCAUAUCGCGGCAGAAAUGGUGUCACCGGACAUGGUUGCAGUUCUUCUAGACCACCAUGCUGACCCUAAUGUAAGAACGGUUGAUGGUGUGACCCCUCUCGACAUUCUUCGAACCCUAACCUCCGACUUCCUAUUUAAGGGGGCAGUCCCGGGGUUAGCACACAUUGAGCCCAACAAGCUUAGGCUGUGUCUUGAGCUUGUCCAAUCUGCAGCUUUGGUUCUUUCACGUGAAGAAGGAAGUGUUGAUGCACCUACUUCAACUCCAAUUUAUCCACCCCUAAGCGAAGAACAUAACAGCAGCAGCAGCGGUAGCAAUCUCGCUAACUUGAAUCUUGAUUCAAGAUUGGUUUAUUUGAAUCUUGGAGCUACCGGUUCAGGCCAAAUGGGAUCAAGAAUGGAAGGAGACGAUGAUAGUAGUCAUAACAGCCAGAGAGAUGCCAUGAGCCGGCAUGACCCAACAAUAUACCACCACUCUCACGACUUCUAGCUCAUCUCUCCACAACAUAUAUAUAUAUAUAAAGCCAAGUAAAAACUUCAUGAAAGCUCAUCGAGGCUAUUUCUAUUAUUAUUGGAUUAUAUAUAUAUAUAUAUAUAUCCCUUUCUUGUCAGUUCGUUCUUUCACUUGCUUUCUUUUUGCUGUCUUCUCUUUUCAUUUUUGUUUCUCCCUUUCUCUCUGUUGUGUGCGUGGAUUUGUUUUGUUUUGGUUUUUGUAGGCUUUCAAUAACCAUCAUACGAAGAAGUGCAGUUUCAUUGGAGAUGGGAUGUAUCUUUUCUCAUGGGAUGAGACAAGGAGAAUCUGAGCCUUUGCUCUCUCUCUCUCUCUCUCUCUUGAGAAGAUGGGAUGUUGAUAUAAUCUGGAGGAGAUAGAGACGAAGAAGAGAGAGAUAGAGUUAGAGAGAGAGAGAAAGAGGUCAAUCUUUUCAAACCCGGCCUGUCAACUCCUUUGUAUUUAUUGUUAAAUCACCUAUAUAUUGAGCCCUUUUAUUUUCUUGUCCCCCCACCCACCGAUUCCAUCAUCAAAAUAUACAUAUAUGCAUAUUCAUACAUAAUUAUAUUCAUUAAUUUCAUGAUAAUUAUAUACAUAUAUAAUUAAGUUAUUGUAAGGAACUUAAAUUAGAAGGCAGGAUUCUGAUUUUUUAUAUUUA